AAAACCGUCGGCUGAGAUGCCACAAACAUCCACAAGGAAUCGAGAGACGAGACAAGUGACAUGUGGAAAGAACUCUUCCUACUAUGCCUGGCGUCAGGCACCGCCCUCUGCGGGUAUCCUUACAUCACGCCCACCCAAGGGCAAGUGUGGCCCCGCCCGAAGGAGGUACAGACCAGCCAGACGUAUUUCAAGUUGGAACCAGAAAUUUUCAAUUUCACCGUGAAAGCUCACAACUGUGACAUCCUUGAACUGGCAAUUGCGCGAUAUUCAGCCAUAAUAUUCUCCAACCCAAGUGACAGAAAGAGAGAUGUUACCCGUGGAGACACUUUGAAAGAUGAGAACUCCGCCCUUCCAAUCACCUCUUUGGACAUCGUUCUGACCAAGGAGUGUGAAAAAUACCCUUACCUGGGUAUGAAUGAAGAAUACGAGAUCAGGAUCGCCGGUUCCAACAAUGUGGGAACGGCAACCUUAAACUCGACAAGCAUCUGGGGAAUCCUGAGGGGGAUAGAAACCUUCUCCCAACUGCUGAUACCUGACCCCGAGCCUCCAACAUAUGUGGUCAAUGCCACUGUUAUCAAAGAUGGGCCUAGAUUUCCUCACAGAGGCUUGUUAAUCGACACAUCCCGCCAUUACCUGCCCCUGCUCCACAUCCUGUACACGAUCGACCUCCUGGCCAUGAACAAGAUGAACGUCCUCCAUUGGCACAUCGUCGAUUCUCAGAGUUUCCCCUACGUCAGCGACGCCUUCCCAAAUCUCAGCCUCAAAGGAGCCUACAGCCAGGAACGGCUGUAUUCGGCAGACGAAAUUGGCCAGGUCGUUGCUUACGGGGCAUUAAGCGGUGUCCGCGUUGUGCCCGAGUUCGAUACCCCAGGUCACACCUUAUCGUGGGGUCCCGGUCAACCUGGCUUCCUGACGCCUUGCUAUUCAGGAGGCAAACCAGACGGGACUUUCGGCCCCGUCGACCCGACCAACGAAGCCAACUAUGCCUUCCUGAAGACCUUACUGACGGAGGUCACCCAGAGGUUCCCUGACCGCUAUAUCCACUUGGGCGGGGACGAGGUCAGCUUCAACUGCUGGGAGAGCAAUCCCAACAUCACGGACUACAUGAAGAAGGCGAAUAUCACGGGCGACUACGGUAAACUCGAAGAGGUCUACAUCACUAAGUUGCUGGACAUCGUGACGAAUCUCCCAACUAAAAACGGGUAUAUCAUAUGGCAAGAAGUGUUCGAUAACGGAGUCAAACUCGCCCCAGACACAGUCGUUCACGUGUGGAAAGGCGGUUGGCAGGAAGAACUUGCUAAGGUCACAGAGGGCGGCUUCAAAACCCUCCUGUCCACCUGCUGGUACCUGGAUUACAUCAGCUACGGAUCAGAUUGGAGGAACUACUACGAUUGUGAACCCUUCGACUUCAAUGCCACCUCGGCCCAGAAGGAACUGAUCCAGGGAGGAGAGGCCUGUAUUUGGGGAGAAUUCGUGGACAAGACCAACCUCAUCCAACGCACUUGGCCCAGGGCCUCCGCAGUCGCUGAAAAGCUCUGGAGCCCCGAGGAACUGACGAAGGACGUCAAUUCGGCGGCUCCCAGGAUCGAGGAAUUCCGGUGCAAGCUCGUCUAUCGAGGUUAUAACGUGGAGUCACUGGGUCCUUCUUUCUGUCCGGGCGAUAACUUCUGAGGUCAAAUCAGUGUCUAUGGCAUCCACGCUUGAUUGGUAUUUUCCUUUUUCUUUCUCUUACUUUUUUUCAAAAAUUUCCUUUCUAUACACAGUUAAGAUUACAAUAUUUAACUUAUAACCUUUAUCCAAUAUUAAGAUAAAAGAGUCCUGUUAACAAAUUAAAUAAAGAGUUAAAACUCCCAAAAAUCA